AUGUCCAGCCCUGAAGAGACGCAAAUCAUCGAAGAGCAACGCCGUCUCUCUCAAAAUGGGGUCCUGAACGCCGGGUUCAUCCACCUCCAGCCAACGGACGCUCCGUCGACGCUGCAACAAACGCUGCAGCUUUUGCAACAGCAAUUGGCACAGCAACAGCAACUACUAUCGCAGCUCGUGCAACAGCAUCAACAGCAGCCGCAGCCACCGAACCCUGAUCAGCAGCUUGUCCCGAAACCGAGCAAUCCGGAGCUAAUACUGGAAGCCCUUGCGGGCAAUAUAAGUGAAUUCCGUUACGAUCCAGAAGCAGGAUUGACCUUCGAAUCGUGGUACGCACGGUACAUUGACCUGUUCCAGGAGGAUGCAUCACGUUUAGACGACGCCGCCAAAGUUCGGCUCCUGGGACGCAAACUGGGAACCGCCGAGCACGCCCGGUUUAGUAACUUCAUUUUGCCUCGUGUACCGCGUGAUUUCAGUUUUAGCGAAAUGGUGGAAAAGUUAACUGUCCUUUUCGGCAAAAUGGAAUCCGUGUUAAGUAAGCGCUUCAAAUGCUUUAAUAUUUCAAAAACGCGCACCGAGGACCUGCUAGCAUUUACAUGCCGUGUUAACAAAGCGUGCGUCGAAGCGGAAUUUUCUUCGAUGACGGAGGAAGAUUUCAAAUGUCUCAUCCUUGUAUGUGGGUUGAAGGACGAAAGCGUACGGGACAUACGAAUGAAAUUGCUAGCCGCCAUCGAAGACAAGAAAUACGCCACCCUGGAGCAGCUAGCAGCGGAAUGUCAACGGUUAGUGCGUGUGAAAGCUGAUAGUGCCAUGAUCGCCACGGAUACCAGUGAACGAGUGCAUGCAAUGCACGCCAGAAGUAGCCGCCAGUGGCACCGAAACAACAACGGCAAUGAGCGCCAUACCAAGUCAGCCCCCCGAAGUGAAGCCUCCAAACCACACACUCCGUGCUGGCUUUGUGGUGCCCUGCAUUGGACCCGUGACUGCACAUAUAAAACCAACAAGUGUCGAGAUUGUGGACGUAUGGGUCAUCGAGAGGGUUUCUGCAACUCGUCUCAGCGACGCAAAGGACGACCGCGGUUCGAUCAUCGUCGUGCAGUAGCAUCUCGAGUAGUACGAGUCAACGUGUGUAGCAUACAACAGAAGCGGAAGUUUGUCAACAUUUUUAUCGAAGGAAAGCCGGCUCGACUACAACUUGACACCGGGUCAGACAUCACUGUGAUCAGCCAGCGGUUAUGGAAGCAGCUGGGUAAGCCUCAUCUCAACCCACCGAAGGUAAGAGCGAAAGCAGCUUCCGGCGAAGUUUUCGGCCUUGUAGGUGAGUUCGAAGCCAACGUGCGUAUGCAUAAUAUCACCAAGCAGACGACAAUUCGCGUUUCAAAGGCGGAUCUGUCAUUAUUCGGGGCAGACUCCAUACAUCUUUUCGGCUUGGGGACGAUCCCAAUGGAUAACUUUUGUAACCACAUAGGAACAGCGGAAACAUGUUCCUGGGAAGAGAAAUUUCCAACGGUUUUUAGCGGAACGGGCCUGUGCACCAAGGCACAAAUACAUCUACAGCUGCGACAGGAAAGCAGACCAGUUUUUCGACCGAAACGUCCGGUCGCAUACGCCAUGGAAGAUGCUGUCAACAACGAAUUAGAUCGACUUGAAAAGCUGGGGAUCAUUACUCCCUGCGACUAUUCGGAUUGGGCAGCACCAGUCGUAGUAGUGCGCAAAGCGAACGGCAAAAUACGACUAUGCGGAGACUAUAGCACCGGACUCAACGCAGCAUUACAUCCACAUGAGUAUCCGCUCCCGUUACCGCAAGAUAUUUUUUCGAAACUAGCCCGUUGCGUCACAUUUACACAAAUUGAUCUGUCCGAUGCAUUUUUGCAGGUGGAAAUAGAAGAAAAGAGCCGACCCCUGCUUACCAUCAACACGCAUCGAGGCCUUUACUAUUAUAACAGGCUACCUCCAGGUAUCAAAGUAGCCCCUGGUUCUUUUCAACAGAUCAUGGAUAAAAUGCUCGCCGGUGUAAAUGGAGUCUCCGCCUACAUGGAUGAUGUGAUUGUCGGCGGAAAGACGCAGGAAGAGCACGAUGCCGCCCUAAAAGAAACCCUGCAGCGAAUAAAGGACUAUGGGUUUACCAUCCGCAAAGAAAAGUGCUCAUUCAACAAGCCGGAGAUUCGAUACCUAGGGCAUAUCAUCGACAGCCGAGGCCUACGACCCGACCCUGCCAAGAUCGACGCCAUCAAGAAGUUACCUUCUCCAACAGAUGUCACAGGCGUUCGAUCGUUCAUCGGUGCUAUAAACUUUUAUGCGAAGUUCAUUCCUAACAUGCGUAAAUUACGCUACCCGUUGGAUAAGUUGCUGCUAACCGGAAGUGCGUUCCAGUGGACUACCGAAUGCCAAAAAGUCUUCGAACAAUUUAAAGCCCUAUUAUCCACGGAACUGUUACUCACGCAUUACGACCCAAAGCGCGACAUAGUUGUGUCUGCCGAUGCAUCUUCGGUUGGUUUAGGAGCAACGCUAUGCCACAAGUACCCGGACGGAUCUAUGAAAGUGGUUCAGCACGCAUCCAGAGCGCUCAGCAAAGCAGAAUUUGGUUACAGCCAAAUCGAUAGGGAAGGGCUAGCAAUAAUUUUUGCUGUAACAAAAUUUCACCGCAUGAUUUACGGUCGUCAUUUCACGCUGCAGACUGACCACCGACCACUAGUCCGCAUAUUCGGCAGUAAGAAGGGUAUUCCUACAUACACAGCAAAUCGGCUGCAAAGGUUUGCGCUAACCCUUCAGCUGUACGACAUGGAUAUUGAGUACGUACCAACUGGCUCAUUCGGAAAUGCCGACGUAUUAUCUCGUCUGAUACAACACCACGCGAAACCUGAAGCCGAAUACGUGAUCGCCAGCUUGGAGCUAGAGCAGGAUUUAAGUGCAGUGUGCAAAUCGAAAUCUCAGGUGAAUGUGAUCGCUGGAAUCGGUGAAACGUGUUGCAAAGCGGAGGUGCUGCAUGAAGGAGACCCAUACGGUGUCGACAUUCACAGCAGCAGCAGCAGCAGCAUCAGUAGCGUCUAG